GUAGAGAGAGAGCUCCACCAUUUCAAAGAACCAGUUUUAGAGAGAGAGAAAGUUGAGACAUUUCUUUUUCUAAAGCGAGAAACGAACCAGACCCACUCACCCGAUAAUCCGAUAGCCAUGGGGAAGGAUCUGAGCGACGACCAAGUAUCUUCAAUGAAGGAGGCUUUCACCCUCUUCGACACCGACGGCGACGGUCGGAUCGCACCGUCGGAGCUAGGGAUUCUCAUGCGGUCUCUGGGAGGAAACCCCACCCAAGCCCAGCUCAAAUCCAUUAUCGCCGAGGAAAAGCUCACCGCACCCUUCGAUUUCCCUCGCUUCUUGGACCUCAUGGCUAAGCACAUGAAGCCCGAACCCUUCGAUCGCCAGCUCCGCGAUGCUUUCAAGGUCCUCGAUAAGGAGUGCACCGGCUACGUCUCCGUGACUGAGCUCCGGCACAUCCUGACCAGCAUUGGCGAGAAGCUUGAGCCAGCCGAGUUCGAUGAGUGGAUCCGGGAGGUUGAGGUCGGUUCCGAUGGGAAGAUCCGGUACGAAGAUUUCAUUGCAAGAAUGGUGGCCAAGUAAGACAUUGUUGAUGAUGAUGAAGAUGGAUUUGGUGUGGGUUUUUUUGUCUCUAAUGUGUUCUUCUGAUAAAGUAAUAUUGGUAAUUUUAAUCAUUUGUUUUCUCUUGAUUUUUCUUUAUUAGGAUCCCCUGUUGUUUAUGGUUGUUUCUUAGGGCUUGAAAUUAGGGCUUGUUUGGAUUCUGUUGUGAUGAUGAUGAUGGUAUUGAAUUCUUCAAGUAAUACUAAUUAUGGGGAUUUUUUUGCUUUUUGUUAUUGUUGUUCAUAUUUUGUUGUAGCCUUGUAUGGAUAUGAUGGUUUUGGAUUUAAUUUAUGGGUUUUGUUCUUAAA